AUGGGACGAUGGCUUGCCAUGACUACCGCUCUCAUCAUUCUGGGAUUGGCAAUGUUUGUGAUCCCAUUCGUGCCGUCAUUGUGUCGAAAUUCGCCAUCAGAACGCCUACGGUUUGAUGUAUGCUAUGUUAGACGGUGUAUACUGUAUCGCGAUGGUUAUAGGGCCGUUUUCUUCCGGGAAAAUCGUCCAAAACAUUGGUUUCAGCCAUUCGAAACCCAAGCCAUCAGCGUCAUCAACAGCGACCCAAGCGUCAUCGUGCCUGGAAAAGAUCCCGAGCCGGUUGUAUUUGCUACAGCC